AUGCUGCUGCUGGUUGUGUUGCCGCUGCUGCUGCUCCUGCGUGGAUGUGUUUGUCAGGCAUCAGACGUGCCCGAAGACGUAACGGCAGAGUUCUCCGUGCGCCUCUACCACCAGCUCCAGAUCAGCAGCGGAGAGGAGAACAUCAUCUUCUCUCCGCUCAGCGUGGCUCUGGCUUUGGGCAUGGUGGAGCUGGGCGCCCGCGGCUCCUCUUUACAGGAGAUCAGACAGGCCGUGGGCUACAGUCACUUCAGAGAAGAUGAAGAGUUCUCUCUGCUGAGAAACCUGAGCCAGGCAUUGUCCACAGAUGAGGAGCAGUAUGUGGUCCGUCUGGCCAACUCGCUGUUCCUGCAGACGGGGGUCCACUUCAAUGAAGACUUCCUGCAGCUCAUGAAGAAGUACUUCAGAGCCGAGGUGGAGACGGUGGAUUUCAGCCAGUCCACAGCCGUCGCUGAACGCAUCAACUCCUGGGUGCUCAACCACACAGAGAGCAAAAUUCAGAAUCUGGUGUCAGCGGAGGACUUCAGCAGCUCCACCAUGAUCAUGCUGGUGAAUGCAGUUUAUUUCAGGGGCAGCUGGAAGAACCAGUUUAGGCCAGAAAACACCAGAACUUUCUCCUUCACCAGAGAUGAUGGCAGUGAAGUGCAGACCCUGAUGAUGUACCAGCAGGGGGACUUUUACUACGGUGAGUUCAGCGACGGCACCACAGAGGCUGGUGGAGUUUACCAGGUGCUGGAGAUGCUCUAUGAGGGCGAAGACAUGAGCAUGAUGAUCGUCCUGCCCCGUCAGGAGGUUCCUCUGGCCUCGCUGGAGCCCAUCAUUAAAGCCCCGCUGCUGGAGGACUGGGCCAACAAUGUUAAGAGGCAGAAGGUGGAGGUUUACCUGCCCAGAUUCAAGGUGGAGCAGAAGAUUGAUCUGAGAGAGUCUCUGCAGCAGCUGGGCAUCAGGAGCAUCUUCAGCAAAGACGCCGAUCUGUCGGCCAUGACGGCUCAGAUGACAGACGGACAGGAUCUGUUCAUCGGAAAAGCUGUUCAGAAGGCCUAUGUGGAGGUGACUGAGGAAGGGGCUGAAGGGGCCGCGGGAUCAGACUGGUGCUCAGAGAUUGUUUUAAAAACCCACAUCACCUCUGCCCGCAGAGUUGGUGUUGAGGCACAGUAUGAUCGCAUGACCAGGACGCUGGUGUUGUACCCACAGGUCAUGGCUGAUCAUCCCUUCUUCUUCAUCAUCAGAAACAGAAAAACAGGAUCCAUCCUCUUCAUGGGUAGAGUUAUGAACCUGAACUCAUCGACCCCUUCGACAACAACUUUGACAUGUAAAAGUCCAGCAAACGCAACUUCCUCUGGAGUGAACACCAGCAGUGAAAGUUUCCCCAAGUCUCACUCGCACUACUCGGAGUUUAAGCGACACAAACUCUCCGUUCUCUGUGGAACUGACUCCAGACUCUGGGAUUGUUGCCACACCAUUGCCGUCCAGCCGGUUCAGGUUUGCCUCGUGGCACUGGUAGAGGAGCACGAUGUCCGUGGAGACCAGCUGGCCUGUCCCAGAGUCAGAGAGGGUAAGAGCGCGCUCAGGGACAACAUGUUCACAGUGUGUACCUUAAUACAGUAUGAUGACAGGUCAGACAUCAGUGAAUUCCUCCAGCAGAGGCCUGCAGAAGAUGAGCUGUCGGCUCACAGUGGAGAUUUCCUGCUCAGAGGAGGCCGGAGGAAGAGGAAAGAAGAUGAAGGACAGAAGUGGGAGGAGAGACUGCAGGAGAAUUGGGAGAACUGUGCUGAACUUGUCAUAUCAGGACCUGGGAGAUCUCGUACCAGCUGGAGAACUUCAUCGCAUCCUAAGGAGACUGAUCCGUGGUUGGAGUGUCUGCAGCUGGUAGAGAAGCACUGCGAGAUCUCGCUCCGUCAGACUGCCACGCUGCCAAAGGUUCCUGAGAUCCAGCACUUGUGCCUGUCUGAAAACAGUAUUUCCUCUCUGGGCGAGCUGACCCUGCUGAGGAGCUCACCGCUACAAUCUCUGAGCCUCAAACGAAACCCCUGCCAGUUCCUGGAGGACUACCGAUCACGAAUUCUGUAG